AUGAAACCUGGACAAACCUGUGACGAUUGUCAACAAAUUAAAACAUCCGACUGGAGUUAUGGACGACCACAAUCGAACAGCUCGCUUGAGAACUUCAAGAGCUGCAAGCUCAUAACUCAGUGGACGAAGAAUGGUGUGUUUGCAAUAUCGGCAAUUAAGAGAAACGCUCCAUCCAAAGACGCUGGACGAGAUUCAAAAAUCGCCGCUAAAGUAGAGAAAUGGUCAAUCGAGUCAGUGUGCAAAUACGGACGUAGUUUAGACUUCACUUCCAAUGAGCCGAACGCUGCAUCGGUCAUCAAAACGUUGUUCAAAGAGAUACAUGGAUCUGUCCUCUCAAAGCUUAAUAUCCAUCCACUCCAUUGGGACGAAUGCGCCGACAGUGAACUAGGACCCUUUUUGAAAACGUUCAACAACAGUGUCAAAGUAUUUCGUAAAAAUAAUCCGCGUGAUGUUCUACUUUCAAAAGAAAAUUGGCGCCAAAAGGAAGCUUCCGAGUUCCGUGUAAUCUGUGACUUAGCAUGUCAACUCGCCAUUCCAAAUCCACGAGUGCUAAACACGUAUUAUGCAGGAUUCAGCAGCGGGACUUACGGUGAAACGAAUAUCGAGACAUUACAAAAAAUCCUGGACCUGCUUGGUGUCAAAGAAGACGACGUCUUCAUAGAUUUGGGAUCUGGAAUCGGGCAGCUGGUAACGUUUGCUGCUGCGUAUACCAACAUAGCACACGUGCGAAGCAUUGAACUUCAACAGGUCCCAGCUGGUUUUGCGGACGAAAACGCUCGUCAGUUCAAGAAGCUGAUGCGGCAUUUUGGGGAAAAGCCACGGCCAUUUGAGCUGGAACUCGGAGAUUUCAAUACCGAAGAAACUGAGACUUUUUUGAAAGAGAAAGCGACCAUUAUUUUCUGCAACAAUUUAGCUUUUGAUCCAGGUCUUAUGAUUAAAUUGAGAGCAAUUUUGCAAUUCUGUAACAACGGCACAAAAAUUGUGGUGACUCAGAAAUUGGAAACGACCAAAAAGGGAAGGACACCACGCGACUACUUAUGGCGAAACGAGCUUCGAACAGUUCCAGGACAUUCUGGACCGGAUUGA